AAAUAGAUUUGGCAUGACAUAUGUAUGACGUGACACGUGUUUAGUUGUUUACGAUACGAUCUCGAGAAUUAUGCGAGAAAUUAUAUUUGUUACCUGUCUCUAUUAGAAAUGUUUUAAUUAAUGGAAACUCUUUAAUCGAAAAAUCAAAGAAGUGUUUAUGAAUUUAAAACCUAACAACAAGACUCACAUAAGCUAUGACUCCAGAGCCAUACAUUGUUGAAUUAGAUCCGGACACAAAAACAACCUUAAAGAUUUAUUUAUUCGAAAAUGUACGUAAUGCAGAAGUGAUAAGAAAUAAUAUCAUACAGGGAGUUUGGAAAUGUUCAGCAAUCAAACCAGAACUAAUCAUUGACCCAUUCCAAGUAGCAGUAGCAGCAAACAAGGCUGUUUUGUCUGAGAAACAUAAUACAAUGGUUACAAGAACUGUUUUUUCUGAGAUAUUGUAUAAUUUAUCAAUUACAAAAAACAUCACACAAAGUUUGACCCGAUUUGGUAUAGAAAAAGACACCAAUUUGUUAUUAUGCUUUUUGGUUACUGAAAGUUUAGAUACCAGCACAGAGAUUUUAUCGCAAAUUGAAGGUGAAUGUACAUCUAUAAGUGAUUUAAAAAAGUUCACCUCCAUGAAGAAUCUAAAUAACCAGUAUAAAUUGAAUACUUUGGAGAAAAAUGCAGAAUUAACUGACAUUAUUGUUAGUAGAAUGGUAACUAAAAGUUUUGUAACUCAUUAAAAGGACUCAAAUUA